AUGUCACUCAAAAUGGAUUCAAAUCUGCAAAGGAACGAUAAGUUUGGAUUAAGUCUGAACCCUGAAUGCGAUGACAUAACCACAUCGACGGGCAAAGACACCAUCAUAUUCGGUGACUUCCAUGAAAAAGUGGGACAUUUGAACAGCUCUUCCAUUGUUUAUGACAUUAGCAGCGGUUUGAAAGCAGACGAAACGCAAACAUACAUUGUGUCCAUAAUUAACAACUUGAAGGAUAAGAUUAAAAGGCUGAACUGGAAGUGUCCCGAAGGCGCACAAACUUAAGAUCACAAACCAUUUACUUUAACAAUGGUUUACAGAUGAAAUGUCUGACAAUUUUUUCUCAUUUACCUCUUAAUCGACGUUUAGAAAGGAUUUCACUUCACUUUAGUACUUAUGAGACGAGCU